AAUAGUUCUUUAACCGGUAUGCCAUUCAGUGCAUUCCCCCAUUCAAUUCCCCUUCCCGCAGUCGAGUACAAUCUCCUCAGUGGGUUUAACCGCCUUGUGGAGAAACAAUGGUUCGUGUCGAGGUAGUCGCUGUUGGACUGCUGGUGUUUGCCGCCUCCGUCGACGCCGACUUUAGUGGAUGGAACUUCUGGUCCAAGUUUGCCAAACCGUGGGAAGUAUUCAUUCAGAAUUCUUAUGACAUACAAAAAGCUGUUAACGUCACCGACACCAACAACGACGGCGUCAUCACACUUGAAGAAAUCGGGGAACACAUCACCACCUACGACUCUGAUGGUGACAGACGCGUGACCCGUUCUGAGUUUGUUCGUAACAGAUUCGAACAAUACGGCGCCCGCAUCGACAUUUCCAACAACAACUUCGACAACUAUGACUGGGAUGGAGACAACUACCUGACAGUCGAGGAUGUUGAUAUGCUUGCUCCAAUGAUGGCUGAGUUGGAUUCAAACAAGGAUGAAGAACUGAGCAGCUAUGAACUGAUCAAAGGUCUACGACAGAUGGACUUGGCGGCGCAGCGGAAAGCCGAUUGCGAGACUUAUUACAUCUACCGUCUUCCUCCGCGAGAGAUGAAGCUGCAGAAAAAGAAGUGCGCUUCGAGGAAGAUGUAGCAAUAUCACAUGGAGAGGCAAAUAAUCUCUGCACAGCGGAAAUACGGAUACACAGUUUUGUAAAUAAAUGACAUUGCUCAG